AAACUUAAUUUCUCUGUUUAUUUUCCCCUCUCACUUGCUUCUCCUAGCUUCAUGUGCACAUAGGAUCGUAGCAAGACCUAUCCACACGCUCAAGGUACGUGUGGUGCGUGCAGAACCGGUAGGAUCAAGAAUCCAUGGAGCGGUCGCCGCCGGCGCUGGUGGAGGUACCCAAAUUCUUCGUGUGUCCGAUCUCGCUGGAGGUCAUGCGGGACCCGGUCACGCUGUCCUCGGGGAUCACCUACGACCGGGACAGCAUCGAGCGCUGGGUGUUCACCGACGGGCACGGGGACUGCCCCGUCACCAAGCUGCAGCUGGGCGCGGCCGACUUGGAGCCCACGCCCAACCACACGCUCCGACGGCUCAUCCAGGCCUGGUGCGCCGCGCACGCCGUCGAGCGGUUCCCCACCCCGCGCCCGCCAGUCGACGCCGACCGCGUCGCCGCGAUCGUCGACGAGGCGGGCCGGGGCGGCCAGCAGGAGCUCCUAGCCGCGCUCCGGGAGCUCGCGGACAUCGUCAGCGAGAGCGACCGCAACCGGCGCUGCGUCGAGGGCUCGCCCGGCGCCGUGGAUUUCCUCGUGUCCGUCGUUAAGAAGCACGCAGCGGGCACACGCAAGCCUGUUGGCGGAUCCCAAGGUGAGAUGUGCGGUAUGCUGGAUUCACCGAAGGCGAGCUCGCCGGAAGAGGCGUCUUUGAGCAUUCUGCAUUCGCUUAAGCUCUCCGAGGAGAGCCUGAAGAGAGUCUUAGGCGGCAGCGAUGAUUUCUUGGACACCUUAGCGUCCGUGCUGCGGUGGCCGAGCUACCGGUCGCGCACGUACGGUAUCCACCUGCUGAAGGCGGCGUUGUCGGCGAUGUCGCCGUCACGACUGAGCUCGGCGAAUGCCGAGCUGGUCGACGGCGUGGUGAGGGUGGUGGCGGACAGGACGUUGUCUCCCAAGGAGGUCAAGAUGGCACUACACGUGCUCUGCCGGCUUUGCCCGUGGGGCCGGAACCGCAUCAAGGCGGUCGAGGCCGGCGCCGUGGCGGCGAUCGUGGAGCUGCUCCUCAACGAGGGGUGCGGCAACAGCAACGGCGGCGGAGGCAAUCGGGCAUGCGAGCUAGCGGCGGUGGCCAUUGACCAUCUGUGCGGCUGCGCAGAAGGGCGUCUGGAGCUGGUGGCUCACCCGGCAGGGCUCGCGGUAGUGGCGAGGGCGGCGACGCGGCUGUCCCCUCCAGGCACCGAGAGCGCGGUGCGCGCGCUGCACGCGGUGGCAAGGCACUCGGCGACCCCCGCGGUGCUGCAGGAGAUGCUGGCCGUAGGUGUGGUGGCGAGGCUGCUGUACCUGGUGCAGGCCGGCACCGACGGCGAGCGAUCGAGGGAGAGGGCAAAGGAGAUGCUCAAGAUGCACGCCAGGGUCUGGAGGGGCUCGCCGUGCUUGGCCUCGCACUUGGCAUCCUACCCUUGUUGAUAUCGCAUGAGGCUACUGAGCAAGAUCGAAGCAUUUGGUGAUCAUUCUCACCUUCUAGGCUCUUGUUCGUCUCAUCAUACUAUUCGUUGUAAAUCGACAAACCUUUUUCUUUGCUUCAUUUUUGCAUUUAAAGAUUGUAUUAAUUCUUAAACCAAAAGGUUAAUUUGAUGUAUAACUUCCCA